AUGCAUCACCACCACCACAUCUUCCACCGCGAUCAUCCGGCAGAAAACGCACAGCGCACCCCAACAUCCGGCCUCAAUGCGUCCGAGCAAGUCCUGCAGUCGGAGGAGUAUACUGCGGUGAUCAACUGGCUCUCAGGCCGCACGAAAUCGGUUGGAGACGCGCUUGAUAUCUUCUGCCAGCCUGUUGAGAACAAGUUCUUCCAGACGGAGAAUGCACAGAAUGUCGAGCCGCUGCUGUGGAGGGCAUGGCAGGCCAUUGUCGGGGAGGCAGCUACUACACCUCAUACCUCGCAGCACAAGCAGAAGUUGGUCGAGUUGAUGUUGAACUUGGCUUUCAGGCCGACCCUGAGCAGAGGCGAGUCCAUCUGUGAGGUAGAUGGGAUGAAAGUAUGGAGGGAUCUGCCCAUCUUUGGCUGGGAGCUGCGUGAAGCUUGGAAUUUCGCCGCAUCAGGAAGUAGCGAUCAAAAGAGCAGAGAGCAAUGGACCAACGUAAACGGCUUCACAGCGUCUCUCGUCUCGGCCCUCCACAGCAAGGCACAGGACAGACCAGACUAUUCGCUCUUCGGCCUUUGGACACUUCGGGCAGCUCUGGAGGAGCCAGGCGAGAUCCCCAACGUCGCGGUCGCUGCGGCUGCUGUGUGGUUGAUCUACGCUGCGCCAGCCCUACGAGCAUUCUCAAAUCAGGAGAAAUCGUUUGAGGGCAAGGUCGCGAAACCUGGCUCUUCGUUUGGUCCGGAGGAGUGGAGAGGUUUUUCGCAGGCUCGAUGGACUGCUUGGUCGAACAACUUAAGAGAUGUGCAUAUGGCGGUGUCCGACCAACCAACAGCGGGUUUGGUGAAGCAGGCUGUGCAGGCUAUGGAGGAUGCUGAGAAGCAGUAG